GGGAGAUGUAGUCUGAGCUGGAGCGUUGAUUCCAAGCUCCUCCCAUCCACAGCAAUGGCGGAUAAUGGGGGCAUGUUUAUCAGGGAGCUGGAGAGAGGGGACGGGAAGGUGCUGAAGAUCCGUCAGCUUUGCUCGGGGGAUGUAGGCUGCGUAGUGUGGGAUGCCGCCAUCGUCCUGGCCAAAUACCUGGAAAGCCCUGAGGGGCCCAGAAUGAAGGAGGCGUCAGUGCUGGAGCUGGGGUCCGGUACCGGCAUCGUGGGCAUCAUGGCUGGCAGUCUGGGGUGAGGGCACAGUCUGGGCAUCAUGGCUGGCAGUCUGGGGUGAGGGCACAGCCUGGGCAUCAUGGCUGGCAGUCUGGGGUGAGGGCACAGCCUGGGCAUCAUGGCUGGCAGUCUGGGGGUGAGGGCACAGCCUGGGCAUCAUGGCUGGCAGUCUGGGGGUGAGGGCACAGCCUGGGCAUCAUGGCUGGCAGUCUGGGGUGAGGGCACAGCCUGGGCAUCAUGGCUGGCAGUCUGGGGUGAGGGCACAGCCUGGGCAUCAUGGCUGGCAGUCUGGGGGUGAGGGCACAGCCUGGGCAUCAUGGCUGGCAGUCUGGGGGUGAGGGCACAGCCUGGGCAUCAUGGCUGGCAGUCUGGGGUGAGGGCACAGUCUGGGCAUCAUGGCUGGCAGUCUGGGGUGAGGGCACAGUCAGCGAAAUGAAAGGAGGAAGAUUAUAGGAAGUGCUUGCACUGUAACAAUGUGUAGGGAUCAAAAGUGGUUAUGAUUCUUGUAGUUCAGUAGAGAUAUGUACUACAUACAAAAAUAAACCCCAAACUUCAAAACAAUGAAAAAGACGCUAAAGUCACGCAGACCACUUUAUUUAAAUGUGUCUAAAGUGGUUUGGGUGCAGUGACCUGUAAUGUAAAACAAUACAGUGGUGUUUUUUUUUUUUGUUUUUUUUUCAGAAACUACAAUGUUUACAAUGUAGUAUUGAGUCCUAAUGCAUUUUGGUUUGUCUAGCUAGUGCAUGCCUCCUCCUUGAAGUCGCGGAAGGUGGAGAGGUAAGUAGUGCCUAGGAAGUCUCAGCGCUGGGAAAUUUUAAGAAAAGUUUUUAACCCCUUAAGGACCAAACCUCUGGAAUAAAAGGGAAUCAUGACAUGUCACACAGGGACCUGGCACCCAGACCACUUCAUUGAACUGGAGUGGUCUGGGUGACUAUAGUGUCCCUUUAAGGGGAUAAAAUACUCACCUUGUUUUAGCGCUGAAGUUCUUCGGUGCUGGGUCCGCCUUUUUGACGAGGGGGAACUUAAUGUACGUGCACAGCGAGCGCCGUGCAUGUAAUAGUGCUUCCACAUGGAAAAGCAUUGAAUCAGUGCUUUCCUAUGUACAAUUUGAAGACGCUGGAUGUCCUCAUGCACAGUGUGAGGUCAUUUCACAGACUUAAAACUGCAGGAAGCGCCUCUGGAGGCUGUUUUAAUCCUGCAAUGAAAACAUUGCAGCUUCUCUGAAACAGGGUUAAGGGGACUGGGACCGUGCACCCAGACCACUUCAAUGAGACGAUGUUGGUUGGGUGCCUAUAGUGUCCCGUUAAUUUAUACAAAUUUUACUGCAAACAGGGGGAGGGGACACUAUAACGCUAUAGUGUUUCUUUAAAGGGGCACGCUAAGCACCUUAACAGAGUAGUGGUUAUGCCAGCAAGCACCUGAGCCAUCCCCUUGUUCUAUGUAAAAUAGUUUGACACCCCCCACAGUAUUCCACAAAAACAUCUGCAUACAAUUUUCUCUCUCUCCCACUCGACUGGAGUCAUUUUAUGCCAAUCGUGUUACUUUUUUAUUGCUUUGAAAAUUCUUCUAUAAAAAUGGAUAAAAAAUAAAAAUUGCAAUGGUAUGAAAAAACAAGUUAGAUUGAUGCAAAAAAAAAACAAUCAUAGCGCAGGAUCUGAAUACUUUGAAUGCACUUUAAAUAAAUCAUUACUUAUGUCCCAUAUUCUUUCACAAUUCAGUCGCUAUAACGCAGAUUUCAGAUUUUAUUUGCUCCUUUUACUGUGUAGCACCAAUAAAUAUGAAUAUUCUUAUUAUAGAGGCACUCCAAGCACCAUAAUCACUGCGGCUCUUUGUACUGAUUUUAGUGCUGCGAGUCUAUGGGCUGUAUAUUUUCUGACAAACAUGGAUGCUCAUAGCCUGCCACACUGAUAAUGAAGAAAUUACACUCAUGUCAUCUGCGUGACCCAUCCAAGAUGGAUGGCAGUGUACGGCUGAUGGUCUCGGGAUAGCCUAUGUAGGUUACAUUGCAAUUCUAAUUUCUCACAAUAAUUGUACUUUUGCGUCGUUGGCUGCAUCUCAUUAUGCUCUAUAUAUUUAAUAUUUAUUUUUUCUUUUCCCAGGGCAAAUGUCAUAUUGACAGAUCUUGAAGAAUUACAGGAUUUAAUGAAAAUGAACAUUGAUCGUAAUGCGGAUCUUAUAACUGGUUCUUGCCAGGCGAAGGUACUGAAAUGGUUUGUAUUUCUGUGCUUUGCUGUGUCUGUUGUUGUGUUGUUUGAUGAUCUUAACCUUCUGUCUAUUGCACUGUUGUGUAAGUUAAAUAUUUUUUUAAAUUUCUUGCAGGGGAGAAGAUGUCACAGAAUUCAUGCCUCCAUCUAAUUACAUCUUGAUGGCUGAUUGUAUCUACUAUGAAGAAGUGAGGGGAUUUAAAUAUUUACCCUAUGACCCUAAACAGAUUAAUUUCCAGGGAAACUCCAUUAUGUUGUGUGCAUUUUGUAGGUUAGAUAUAAUAAUGAGUGAUAUUUGUAUUAUAUGUCUUUUCUCCCUCUUUCAAAAUUGUCGUCUAGGCUUUCAGUACAGGUACUCUUGCAUUAAAUUUGAAUUGUAACUUAAGUAAAGUGCAAGGCUAGCAUGUUGGCUGAGAGCACCAGCUGAUCUCCCUCAGCCAAUGAGCUAAACCCUGCACUGAGGGGCUUAGCUUAGUGAAAAGAGCUUUUGGCUAAGCAGUCCGCACUACUGACUGAGUAGUAGCAGAGGUGGGAAGCAAAUCUAAGGUAAUAAGUCAAACUAUUCUAAAAUGGUUUGAUUCCUUACAAUGAGGGGGAACUCAUAACCACUACAGAAUGCGCAUGAAGUACUUAAAAAAUCCAAGGUCUUAACAGCUUUACCUAAAAGGAUGUACUAUUACUUGAUGGAAAAGGGGCCUUAAGGACACUUGUCAUGUAAUAGUAUGUCCAUGUUUUAAUCAGCAGGGGUUAAUUUCUGCUGCCGGGAGGUCCAAGAAUUAGGGUCUGCGCAUCCUAUAGGCGACUUAGGCAGUCGCCUAGGGUGCCCCUUAGGAAGAAGCGCCCCCCCCCACCCCCCCAUGCUGCAGCUGCCUGAACGCUCUAUAGAGAGCCUCAGGCGACUGCAGCACUGUCCGGGCCGGCGUGUCCAUGAGGGAUCAGCAGGAGGGAAGCGCACAGCGGUCUCUCCUGCUAGGCCCUCAGUGCAGUGUGGCCAAGCUCUGGUCCGCGGUACAGGAGCAUCCGUUUCCUGUACUCAAUGAGCACUUCCUGUCAGUCUGGCUGGGUACAGGAAAUAAACUCCUGUACCGUGGACCGGAGCUCGACCACGCUACACAGGCUAGGAGAGGGAGGCGGGAAAGGGUGAAGAGACCACUGAGGGAGCGGGGGGGGGAGGGUGAGAACAAAGGGGAUGGUAGGACUCAGCCCCUAUCCUACCCCACAAACUCUUUCACACAAACACACAAUGCAUCCCUUACACACACACAAACACACACUGCCUUUUUUACACACACAGAAAAACACACCUUGCAUCCCUUACACAUACAAACAGAUUCACACAACGCAUCUCUUAAACACAACCAGAAACACACAAUACAUCCCUUACACACAAACACACACUGCUUUCUAUUUCUUACACACAAAAAAAACACUAUAGUCUCCAGAACCACUGCAGCUUAAUGAAGGUUCUGGUGUCUAUAGCCUGUCUCUGCAGGCUUUUUAAUGUAAACACACACUGACCUUGGUUCAUAUGACAGAUCAUAUUGGUGGGGCAUUGUGAUGUCACAUGGGGGGGAGAGGGGCGAAUAUUUCCUUUGGCAAAAAUCAUUGCACCAGUCCUGCCAAGUAUACAACACCUCCUCAGAUAGGAUGAAUAAAUGCAUAUUUUAUUUUAAAUGCCUUGUUCAAGUAAGUGCAUGUAAAAAAAUGCAUUUUUUAAAAUUUUAUUUUGAAAACAGAAACUUUACCGUUAAGAUACAAGCAUUCAUUCCCCCCCCCAUCUUUCUAUUUUAAAUACAGUCCUUGCGUCCAUUGGUUAAGACUCUGAAAGAUCUUGCCAGCCCAGAGACAUGUAUACUGUGCUGUUAUGAGCAAAGAACAACUGGCAAAAAUCCUGAAAUUGAGAGAUUGUUUUUUGAGGUAAGUCGAUAUAGUCCAGAUAAUUUGAUUUUAGUUCAUUGUGCAUCAAGAUCUUGCCUUUAUUGUUCAGUCUCUUUUCAAUACUAGAUCUCCUCUUGUGUCUCGUGACUAGAGUCAACGUUUACUUUGUCGUGGAGAAUAUAGGAAUUAGACUGACUUUUACAUGGACCACUCCAGACUAAUUCUUGAGUUUAAAAUCAAAAGCACAGUUUAGUAGAUGCAUGCAUUUAUUGGUGUAUAUCUCAAGUAGAGCUCACCUGCCACUUGCGUUGGUUCAGGGGAGCUAAUGGAAGGAGGCAUUAGACUAGGACAGCUAGGGGUUUGAAUCCAUAAUUUAUUAAUAAGUUCUGAUUUCUCAUAGAAGUAAAUCACUUUUAUAAACUGGGGUAAAAAUAAUAUACUCUUCAUCCGAAGUGCUUUUUUUAUUGGGGUGGAAUUGUUCUUUAAGGAAGUCAGUGUUCCAUUUAAAUUUGAAUGGAAUAUCUAGAUUAUAAAAUGCAUUUUUAAGCAUGUGAACAAUUCAGUAAAACAAAACUCCACCCGCACAUUUCACAGCCUAAAAUCCCAUCUGAAUGUGUUUUCUGAUCUAAGCAGACCUGCCCCAUUUUGCCCAGCAGAAUCGUCCUUGUUUUGAAGCAAACUGAAAUGCUUUAGAGGACUAGUGUCCCCCCUUAAAGGACCACUCUAGGCACCCAGACCACUUCAGCUUAAUGAAGUGGUCUGGGUGCCAGGUCCUUCUAGGGUUAACCCAUUUUUUUUAUAAACAUAGCAGUUUCAGAGAAACUGCUAUGUUUAUCAAUGGGUUAAGCCUUCCCCCUAAUUCUCUAGUGGCUGUCUCAUUGACAGCCACUAGAGGCGCUUGCGUGCUUCUCACUGUGAUUUUCACAGUGAGAGCACGCAAGCGUCCAUAGGAAAGCAUUGUAAAUGCUUUCCUAUGCGACGGGCAGAAUGCGCGCGCAGCUCUUGCCGCGCGUGUGCAUUCAGCCCAGGAGGAGGAGAAGUAGAGGAUCGGAGGAGGAGAGCUCUCCGCCCAGCGCUGGAAAAAGGUAAGUUUUUAACCCUUUCCCCCUUCCAGAGCCGGGCGGGAGGGGGUCCCUGAGGGUGGGGGCACUCUCAGGGCACUAUAGUGCCAGGAAAACGAGUGUUUUCCUGGCACUAUAGUGGUCCUUUAAAUAAAGAUCAUGGUCCGUACUUUUUAAUUUCAACUGUUAGGUUUGAUUAUAAUCUCGUACCUGUCUGUCAAUGAAAAAAAAAAAAAAAUAAGCUGCAUUUUGCUAGUCCAUUCAUUCUGCGUUGAGCAGACUGCCCAGUGAUUUCAUAUUUUUAUUCACAUUGUGCGGAAUUUACAUUUUUUUUCCUUUAAGCUGUAGAAUAUUUCCAAAGUGAACUAUUUGUUUGGUUUUACGUUUCAUGAGUUGGCAUAAAAGACCUUAUCAAUGGCAGUCUCUCUAUAAACAUGCAGCAGAGGAUAGAUCAGGAUUAUUUAUACAGAGCUAUUCGCAAUGGAGUAAUCCGCAGUAACAUUCAAGUGCUGCUGAAUUGUCAGUACGCAGAAUCCUAUAUAGUCUUCUUUUGUAUGUCAGCUGCAUUUUGUAAUAUUUUAUGGUGUGAUAUCGGAAUGUACAUUGAGAUAACUAUUUAUAAUGGCAUAUUUUAUUGUGAUGGCUGCCCUUCUUUGACCUGCUGUUGGUAAGGGUUCUGUAUGAUUUGGCCAGUCAGCACUUUUAUUGGUCUAAUUGCUCCUCUUAGUGUUACCUACUCGAUGCAAGGCAUACCGAGGAUUUUGUCAUUAAACUGCAUUAUUCAUGUGAAUAUACCACAGGGCAUUCUGUUCGAUAGCAUUCCGAGAUUGAAUAUUAUUCCUGCAUUGCACAGGCGUUGCCAGUCAAUGACGUAACUUGCAUAGCUUCAGACAUCCUGCAAUACUUGUAGCUAAUCCAAGAAUACUUCAGUGGGCAUUGCAUUCUGAGAAGUGUGUACAGUUAGCCUCAGUUUUGCAGUUUAAUGUAGAUGUAAUCCAAACCUCAAUAUGGACAUGGGCAUAAUGUGCUAGUAAUACAGACAAUUAAGUUGUAGCCACCCUGACUUCUUGUCUUGAAAGUUGAAUCCCCUGAUAUCAUGUCUCUGUGACACUUUUUUUUGUUUAGUUAAUGAAAGACAACUUUGAAAUUGAAAAGGUGCCCCUGGAUAAACAUGACACAGAAUACCGGAGUGAAGACAUUCACAUACUGCAGGUUUACAAGAAGAACUAGGUGAGAUCAAGAUCACUACAGUAUUUACCAGUAUAUGUAUUACUAAAGGGACACUAAAACCAUUUUAGCUUAAAGAACCACUAUAGGCACCCAGACCACUUCAGCUUAAUGAGGUGGUCUGGGUGCCUGGUCCAGCUAGGGUUAACCUUUUUUUUUUUAUAAACAUAGCAGUUUCAGAGAAACUGCUAUGUUAAUGUUAGGGUUAAUCCAGCCUCCAGUGGCUGUCUCUUGACAGCCGCUAGAGGCGCUUGCAUGCUUCUCACUGUGAAAAUCACAAUGAGAAGACGCCAGCGUCCAUAGGAAAGCAUUCUCAAUGGCUGGCUGGCUGCGCGCGCAGCUCCUGCCGCGCAUUCAGCCGAAGAGGAGGAGGAGAGCUCCCCGCCCAGUGCUGGAGAAAGAGGUAAGUUUCCAUCCAGCCCGGUGGAAGGGGGACCCUGGCACUAUAGUCGUCCUUUAAUGAAGCAGUUUUGGUAAAUACACUGAUGAACAUUUAAAAAUACAGACAAAUGAAGUGAAUAACAUUGAUAAUAUCGUUACAAUGGCACGUGCCAAGAGGUAUAUUAGGUGGCAAGUUGAAUAAUCACUUCUUAAAUUUCAUGUGUGGGAAGCAGGAAAAAUUUGCACGCGUAAAGAUAUGAGUGACUUUGCCAAGAGCCAAAUAGUGACAGAUAGGUCAGAGCAUCUCCAAAAUGCCAAGUCCGUGGGAUGUUCCCUAUGUGCAGUGGUUAGUACCUAUCAAAAAUGUUACAAGAAAGGACAACUGGCAAACCGGCAUCAGGGUCAGGUGUGCCCAAGGCUCACUGAUGCACGUGUUUAGUGAAGGCUAGUCCGUCACACAAAAGAGCUACUGUAGCUCAAAUUGCUGAAAAACAUAAAGCUGGUCUUCAUGGAAAGGUGUCAAAACACAAACAAAAAAAGUCAGGCCUGGUGAGUUAAAGCCUGGGUUGUAGCAUAGGACUUCAAAUUUUAAAACCCUGAAAUAGUGACUUAUCACCUAAAUGGCAUAUGAUGGAGAAGUGAGACUGCAGGGGCAUGAUCUAUAACCCACUGCAGCACACUGUCAUUACUCAGGAGUGCUCAGGCAUUUUUCCAGCGUAAAUUGGAAAACGGUUUGCGAAUGGCUUGAUAAUUUACCAGGGUUCCACCAAGAGCCCUUCUGACUCUCCAGGGGCAGCUAACUGGAGCACUUCAGGUAAGUUCUCAUAUAAUUUGCACACGGGUUGUCAGCUUCUCCUAGAAGGUUGCCAGGGCACUUCUGGCACCAUAACCACUACAAUGCACUGUAGUGUUUAUGGUGCUUUCAGCUCUUCUGUAAACAAAAAGGAAAGCAGUUUUCUUGCUUCAGAAAAAAGUUGUCAUGGAGAAAAAUGGCACACUUUUUUUCAGAAAAAUAAAAAGACGGAAGAAAUUCAGUAAGGAAUAUUUAGGCACAAAUAGGAAAUGGGUAAGAAAAGUACAGCAUACACAUUGUGUGCAACCACUUUUUUUUGUUUUGUUUUUAAACCUAAUAAAAAUGUAUCAUUGAAAUUUUCUUUAAAAUUACACUAAGUCCUGUUAGUCAAGAAAGGUCCCUUAUAAAUUUAUAUCAGUUGUGUCUCGAGCUCAGAUAUAUAUUGUAUUAAUACAUUGGUCUCUCGUGGUUUUAAAGGGACAUCAUAUUGCACAGUUUAGUGGUAUUUCUAAUUUCAUUUCUCAUCCUCUUUUAGAAUGUAGGGAUUCAUGAUUCUGAUGGAAUCGGCCCUGUAAAAGCAUUGCAUGCUUCGUCGUGGAUUACUGCCUUUUGGGUAGAUGUGUUAACCAAUUAAGGCAAUCCUGGAGGCUCUGUUACUGACAAGCUAUAAGAACAAAGCAUGGCGGAGUUUAACAUUGACGAAGUACGGCUGCAAGAAAAUCACGCAUGCAGUAAAUAUGGCCGUCUCUGAUUCUGGCCAGUACAUGAAGUCCUGAUCAAUAAACAUCUUAAUAGACUUAGUGAGAUUUGAGUUUAACAAAUGUUGAAUUCUCACUGGUUGUCUUGUUUGUUGUUAACAAAUGUUGUUGAAUGCUUGCUGUUGGUCUUGUUUGAUUUCCCCCCUCCCCAGUGUUGUGCAAUAUGCAUGACUGUUUUUAUUAACACAGCUGAUGCAAGAACAAUAUUACAAUGCCCUCUGGAUCUGAUGGUUUAAAGAUGUUACUUUGUAAAAAAAAAAAAAAAACCUUGGUCUUGGAAACAACUGCAUUUUUCAAAUUAAAAUAAUAUUACAUUCUGGUGACCUGGCAUUUUGUGUAUUGACG